CCAGCACCCCAGUCAACAAGCUGCUCAUCCCAGCUCCUUCUUAAAGUCAACUCAGAGAGAGAUCAGAGAUAGACCCACAAAGACAAGGAGUGACCCGCCCAAAAGUCGCCAGAUCAGACGCCUCGCAAUGGCCGUGGCUACAGCCAAUCUGACGGCCAUCGCGCUCUGCCUCUUGAUCGCCGCCUCCUCCUCCGCCGCCGCCGCCGCCGGGUACACGAACUAUACCGUCGGCGGCAACUCCGGCUGGUUCUUCAAUGAGAUCACCAACGCCACCUCUGCCAACUACUCCGCUUGGGCCGCUUCUCAGACCUUCAACCUCGGCGACUUUCUCCUAUUCAACACGAACACGAACCUGACCGUGAUCCAGACCUACAACCUCACGACCUACCAGGCCUGCAACAUCGACAACGCCUCCGGCAACGACACCUUCCUGUACGGCGGAGGCAGCGGCCAGUUCGGGAAGGCGCUGACCGUGGCGGUCCCAUUGACCCUCGAGGGCCCGAACUACUUCUUCUCCGACGCCGACGACGGAGUCCAGUGCCAGAACGGGAUGAGUUUCGAGAUCGACGUCAAGCACGGCUCCGGCCUGCCGCCGAGCCUCAACCAGCCGCCGCCGCCCCCGUACGCCGAGCCUCCCGGCCCAGACGCGGCGAAUUCGCCGCCCGUCACGGUGGUGGAUGCACCGGGGAACGGGGGUUCGCGCGGGGGCGUGAACGUGCGCGAGGCGGCGUGGGGCGUCUCUUUGCUGUUGGCGACUCUGUUUUUCUGAAUUCUCUUGAGCAACUUUUCAAAAGCGCGGGGUACAUGUGGUAAUUUUGGUGUUGUCGGAGGGCUUAUGUGGAAAUUCGCACGCCCGCAUUUGGUGGGUCGAUGGGGGCCCUGUCCUUUUCAGUUUGGAAUAUUUUGGCCUUUUAUUUUAUUUUUUUUUUCUGUGGGGGUUUUUAAAUAUCGUUGAA